AUGAAAAAUGUGGCGCGACUGUGUGUGUGCCUUUUCCUUUUGGCCCACUGGGCAACCGUUCUCUGCAGGCGGGUUCAUGAAAAAGCGGCAAGGGAUAAUUACAUCGGAGGUGCAAUCCUGUCCAGUGGCUUGUCAAGCGGCCUCCGCAGCGAUCUCGGCAGCAACCUCCCUAGCCGCCCCCCCAUCCACGACAAGCACUCCCCAAGCCACUACACCAGACGAAGGAAAACAAACAAUAAAAGGAAUCUCCUUUUCCUCAAAAAUAAGUUAAAAGAAAUUUGGGAUAAAUUUGCUACCAAGGGAAACUACUUCUUCAAUAAGCCAUCCAAGGAAAAGCACAGCAGUUUUAAUUUAAAAAAAGUUUUACAGAACCUCACUCCUAAAGGUCAGAAUGAGAUCAUCAGCAGGGUCGUGGUGCGAAACAGCACUGUGAUUAGUCCUACCCUUCUUGCUAAUUUACUCAUAAGAGAAAACGUUAGAACCAUUCGACACAAAGACAUUGAACGGGUUGUUAAAAUCGUUUCAGAUUUUUACACCAAGAACAAUUACCUCUUCUCGCGUGUCCUGCGGCAUGAAAUUGUUAAAGAUGGGGACCAGGAUGUGUUGACCAUUUAUGUGGAGGAGUUGAUUCUGGGCCCGGGGUGCGUCCAGAUUAGGGUGUUCCGUCGGGCGAAGCCAACCGGGGGGACACCCACCACCGCAACGGGGAAGCCAACCGCGACACAGGUCGACAGACCAACGAGUAGUGCGGAGAAUACGUUAGCGACUACUUCGCAUACCACUUCGGAAAAUACUUCAGAGACUACUUCGCAUACCACUUCGGAAAAUACUUCAGAGACUACUUCGCAGACCACUUCCGAGGCCACUUCAGAAACCACUGCGGAGAAUACAUCAGAUACCACCGUGGAGACCGCUGUAGAUACCACUGCGGAGAAUAUCUCACAUACCACCGUGGAGACCGCUGUAGAUACCACUGCGGAGAAUACCCCAACGGAUACCCCACCUGAUGAUCCCCCCCAGGAGGAACUGCUCUUCGAGCGCAAGGGCUCCGCGAGCGGCGCGCCCAGCCCCGAUGAUUUGCAGACGCCCCAACCGGCAUCCAACAAGCUGCGCAAAUUAUUCGAAAAAAAAAUGAACAUAAAGGAGGGCAGCAUCUUCGUGUGGGACCAAGCCACGUUUGACCUGCUGCUCAAAUCAAACCUAUUCAAUUACAUCCAUGUGAAGCUGCUUCACGACAAGCAGGAAAAAAAACACAUACUGCAAAUAGACCUAGUGGAAAAUAAAAGAGUUUCAUUUAUCCCAUCCAUCUCAAAGAGCUUUAACUCGCUGUUGGAUUUAUGUAUGAACAUUACUUUUGGUUACCUGCACAGCUUUAACUAUGGGGACAAGUUUAAGUUGAAAUUUUUUAAAAAUUUGAGUUACAAAAACCAUAAGCAUGAUUACGACAUGGUGUUCGUGAAUGACAUUGUGGAGUUGGAGAAGCUACGGAACAACUCACAUUCGUAUUUCAUUUUCGGAGUCAAUGUCAAGCAGGCUUUCAAGAAGGAGUUAGACAGCUCAGCCCUGAAUGAGUGCAUAAAUAUUAUGAACAGGCAAGGUGAAAAUGGGGGAAAAAAAGACAGCGAAAAUGUGCAGGCAGGAAAUGUUAACAAUUCAGGGGAGCAAAAUGUAGGGCAGCAUGAUUUGCUCCCGCGAAGCUCCUCCGCACAGAGGAAGAAUAUCUACAGCUACCUUCACAAGGGGAAGAUUUUCCUUUUUGCGAUAAGGAAAAUACGCAACACCGUUUUGGAGAUCAAAAUGAAGGCGACCAAGGAGCUCUUUCAUAACUUUUUGUACUUCUUGGAGAGGAAAAAUGAGCCUUCUGCAGGAGGUGCUGCUACCCACUCUGGAAGACUCUUUCCCCUUCGCUUCCUCCCCUUCCUUCCCUUUUGGAGGAGCCCAAACGACAGCCAGGUAUUAUCUAACCAACUGUAUAAUAUUUAUGGGUCCAAAUUAAAAUUAUCGAGCUGCUUAAACGCCUACUCCGCUAGCUGGUUCGAAAAAGCAAAAUGUAUGAAGGCUUUCUUUAACGUGAAGAAUAAAGUGGACUUGGUUUUUUACUUCAACACGGAUAGGAAGUUUCGCCUGACGGAGCAUCUCGCAGGGGAGGAAAAUAAAACGCAUGAUGAGGGAAAUUCUUUAGGGGGGGGAACAGAUGGUAGUAAAGCCGAUGUGAAGUCCAUCAUGCUGUCCUUUUUUGAGGACGCCAACAAGAAGGGAGGUUUCCUCUCCCUGGACAAAAUAAAAAACGUGUACCUAAACUACACAUUUUACUUCCAAAAGAAUUUCAAAAUUAAUAUUUUUGACUUGUGCUGUAAGGUUAAAAAGGUGUUUACUUAUUUGGGGAAGAGAUCGAGGCAAGCGGUGAGACAUCUCGCCACUGGCGAACAAGAGCCCCCCCUUGUCCUGGUCCCCCUCGUGUACAAGUGCAAAUUAAUUAUGAACCAAGUUCACCUUUUACUUAACGUAGCGUUUUUUUUCAAAAGGUGUUUGUGGGAUUUAAGGCACGGUUAUAAUUGCCCCUCUAUUGGAGGAUGGGUAGGAGGAGAGAGGAAUGGGGAGAAGGGUCCAUGGUCCUACUAUCAUCAAGUGAAAGAGUUCUUUCUUGAGAAUAGUGCACCAACUAGGAAGAGAGAUGGCCCAAAUUUUGAAGAAGACUUAAAGCAGAUUAUUCUCCCGAGCGGAGACACGUCAACGGGGAGUAGCCCCACCAACAGCACCACGUACAACAUAUGCAGUGUGAACCUGAACGACGCGCAGAAGGAACAACACAAUAAGUUCAACCUGACGAUGAACUACAAAUUGAUAUUUCCCGUACUGUUUGAGAAUUACUUUCUUAACCUGAUGGACUUGAGGCUUUACCUCUUCCUCAACUGCAGCCUGUUUGGCAUACAGGGUAGUAGUACUAGUAGUAGUACUGCUGGUAGUACCCACGGGGGAAUGUCGGGCGAGGCGCCUAACGCCAUGAGCGAGGACAGCCGAAAGAGCGCCUUGUACAACUACCUCAAAUUGUCCUUUCUUAAGAACAAGAGGAAGAUGCACCACUCGGCCUUCGGCUUAGGGCUGCUUCUGUCAAACAUUAACAUUUUUUUAAACUUCCAGACUGGCCGUCGCUUUCUGCUGCCCUCUCUCGUUUUGCAACUCGACGAAGGGACCUCCCGAUUUGGGUACCUCUCGUGA